GACGUGUACGUUUGGGUCCUUCGGACUUCCGGGUCUGUAUAAACAGAUAGUGAGCGGAGCCGCCUCAUCUAAAAAUGUCUAAAGUAACGUUUAAAAUCACCCUAACGUCGGAUCCCCGGCUGCCAUACAAAGUACUAAGUGUUCCAGAUAGCACACCGUUCACAGCAGUUUUAAAGUUUGCAGCUGAGGAGUUUAAAGUGCCAUCAGCAACCAGUGCUAUCAUAACAAAUGAUGGAAUAGGAAUCAACCCUGCCCAGACAGCAGGGAACGUGUUUCUAAAACAUGGCUCAGAGCUUCGCCUCAUUCCCAGAGACAGAGUGGGAGGACAAGGAGACUGAUGCUGCUUUUCCUCGUUGACGGCAUGAUGACUCACCCGGCAGAAUCAUAUAACACUUGAGAUCCAGGAAACACCUCAGCUUGUGUCAUAUUUAUUUUCUGGCCCACAACUGACAGUGACUCACAUGAGAGUAUAUGUAUAUUUAAACAGAUGAUGACAUGCGCACAGUUGCAUGCUCCCUGCCUCUUCAUUUUCUUUUUUUUUUUUUUUUUUUUUAUAAAUAUGCAUACUGCAUCAAAUGAUUGGAAUGACACUGAGGAUACCCAGAGGUAAUGAGUAAUUAAUUCAAACCACAGUAGCUCCACCAUGGUAAGACAGCUUAGACUAACAAACAAACUUGUCAACAGUUACAGGUUUUUGUACUUUUGACAAUAAAUCAUGAUAAUAACAUGCAACAGUAAUGGUUUAUUUGCAUUAUUAACCUGGUAAUAUGAGAUCUGUGAAUAGAAAUAGAUGCUUUUAAGGACCAUUGUUACAAUAAGUGGCUGUCAGUAUUCAGGUAAAUUGUCUGCUUGUAUUGAAUAUUGUGACAUGCUAUAAUUAUUCCUCAUCACAGUAACUAAGUACACUUUUUUUGGAUGUUUACCCUUGAAGUGGACCAUUUAUUUCCUUGCAUCAGUUAGCAGUGUGUCUCUGAAGGGGCUCGUGGAUCUUUGCUGCCCUCUGUCAGGUUUCUAUUUAAUGUCACUUUCUAGCCAAAAUAUGCCACCUUUGUUGUCUGAAACCAACAAUAACUCCUGCAACUAGUUUAAUUAAGGCCUGGAGAACAGGUGGUAAGUGAACGUGGCAGGAAUUCAGAAAACUGAUUAAAAAUGCAGAAACACCUGAAUUUCUCACAAUAGCUGUCACUGAGGUCAGGUUCAAGCAGCAUCAUAAACACUUUGGUUUUCAUAAGGGAAAUAAACACAAACUUAAUUGGUGUCUUUUGUCAUGUGUUAUGUCUUAAGGGAUCUCUUUUUGGCAUUCAGAACAUCUGUAGAUUGAAGGUAAAGUUUGUGUCACAGUUUCAGAAUUGAUUUGAAUAAAAAAAAGAUAAAUCA